AUGGAUUCAGUGACUGCAGAUGAAAACACUCAGAAUGGGCCUUCUUCAAUACGAGCUAGACGAGCUAAAUUUACACGACCUAACAGUCCAUCAUCAAUUGAGAUGGAAACACAUUCUGACAGUGAUGAAUCUGAUCAGUAUACUUCUGUAUAUGAUUCAUCGGAUGAACGUGAAUCAACCAAAGAUGUCAACAACAAUAUGUCUGCUGACGUCUGUGUUGGUUAUCUCCCCGCAAUUAUUUUAUUAUGUGCUGUUUUGUCCGCUGUUUUGUGCUGGUGUUACUACAGUUCUUUUUCAAAUUCAAAUGCAAAUGCUCCAGUUUAUUAUCAGUUGACUGAGUUGGAGAAAUCUUUUCCUGGCCAAAACCCUCGUUUAUGGGCAGUUUUAAAAUCCACCAUCAUAACACGAAAGAGGUCCUCAAUAUCGAAUACAGAUGCUGACACUACCGAUGCACCCAAAGUCCUUCUUAUUUGUCCCUCUUCUGAUCCAGCGAAAAACGGAAGCUAUCAAUUGUUUUUGCGACGUUUCGAGAAUUCUCUUGGCAAUAUGAAACGCCAUUGGAAAUGUGCGGUCAUUGAUCCUUUUAAAUCCCUCCUAAAUAUUUCCCCGGACCAAGUAAAGCGGAAUAUUCACGACGAAAUGGAGCAAGCUUAUCGGGCUGGUCUAAAAUGCCUCCAUGUGGUAGGUAUCGAUCGAUUGUCUGGUGAUUCGGCAUUGGCACUCCAUGGGAACACUGACCCUCUCAACUCCCCAUUUAGGGAUGCUUUUCUCCUCUUUAGCAUACGACAACCGCCAGAGGUCUCUAGUCAGACCUCGCAACGGGAAAUGGAGACGGUCCUGAGGAAAUACUUACGAUCUCUCUGGGAGAGGGAUUUAGGUCGGGAUGCAGUCUACGCCCUAAUCAAUCGAUUAACUGGUCGCAUUGGUAUUUUUGAAAUUUGA